AUGUCCUUUUCUCGGCGUUCAGGGAUUGCCGGCACAGAAGGAUGGAUUGCUCCUGAAAUGCUCCACGAUGAUAAGAGGACUACAUGUGCUGUGGACAUCUUUUCCCUGGGUUGUGUCUUCUAUUACGUCCUGUCUGACAGCCGUCCUGUUGCAGUGAAACGGCUAUUGCCUGGCUGCUUCACAGUUGCUGAUCGAGAAGUGACACUUCUCAGGGAAUCUGACCAGCACCCUAAUGUUAUCAGGUAUUUUUGCAUGGAGCAAGACCAUCAAUUCCGUUAUAUAGCCCUGGAGUUGUGUGCAGCUACAUUGCAGGAGUAUAUACAGGGAAAGUUCAAUCAGUCUUUGAUUGAACCUCUUCUCAUCCUACAACAGGCAACAUGUGGCCUCAGUCACCUCCAUUCCUUGGAUAUUGUCCACCGGGAUAUCAAGCCUCAAAACGUUUUGCUGUCUGUGCCGAUGUCAAAGGGAGGAGUGAGAGCCAUGAUAUCAGAUUUUGGUCUCUGCAAAAAGCUGCAGGUUGGACGGAUGUCCUUUUCUCGGCGUUCAGGGAUUGCCGGCACAGAAGGAUGGAUUGCUCCUGAAAUGCUCCACGAUGACAAGAGGACUACAUGUGCUGUGGACAUCUUUUCCCUGGGUUGUGUCUUCUAUUACGUCCUGUCUAAAGGGAAACAUCCAUUUGGGGAUUCCCUAAGACGCCAGGCCAACAUCCUUAGUGGUGAUAGCGACCUGUCUGCAUUAAAUGGGGAAGACCAGGUAUUGGCCCAUCUGCUGGUAGAGGCCAUGAUCUCACAUGAACCUGGAAAGAGGCCCAACCCUUGUGCCAUUCUCAAAUUCCCUCUAUUCUGGUCCAACAAGAAGAUCCUCCAGUUCUUCCAGGAUGUGAGUGAUCGGGUGGAAAAGGAAGGGGAUGGGAGUGUCCUUUUGUGGAAUCUGGAGAGGGCUUCUGCUGAUGUUGUCCGUGGGGACUGGCGGGAACAGCUGGAACCUGAAGUCGUUAAUGAUCUGAGAAAGUAUCGUUCCUACAAGGGCAGGAGUGUGAGAGAUCUUUUACGGGCUCUGCGAAACAAGAAACAUCAUUAUCGAGAGCUGCCUCUGAGUGCCCAGAGAGUGAUGGGAGACAUCCCUGACCAGUUUACCAGGUUCUGGAUCACUCGCUUCCCUCGUCUCCUUCCACACCUCUGGCUAGCUAUGCAGGCAGUCAAGCAUGAGCCUGUGUUCCAACAGCACUAUGAGAAGGAGUAUGAUUUUAUUCAGGCCAAGGUGGACACUGUCUUUGUGCCUUCCAUCCUCACACCUUGGAGCAAAUGGAGACAUGGAGGAGAACAGAUGCCAACAAGAAAGGUCAAAGACUCGUGGGAGGAAGGUGAUGAUGUUUGUGAAACAACUGAGCAGAAUCCAGUCACCUUGAGAGAAUCUGAUGGACAUCCUUUCAAAAGUGAAGCAGAAAACCCUAAUCUUGCAAUGGAGAGUGGCCCCAGUCUCAUCACACCACACAAGAAGCCAUACAAAAAGAAGAAAUCACCAAUGAGACAAGGAGAGUGGAAUCUCAGUAGCUACGAGGCGAAUUGGAGGGAGAACAUGCCAUCUCCUCCAGUUCGAUCAACAGUGGAACCUACUGUAAGACGUCCCAUUGAUGGUGCCCGGUUGGGAAACUCGGCCGAGGUCGAAGGGACCAUGACGCGGCUCGAAAGCGGUAAACCUCCACCCUCGUCCCAGGAUGAUAAAUUGCAGUCCCCUCUAGCUGUCUCCUGGAUCAGUGGAAGGAAUGCAAAACAAAAGAAGUCCAUCUUCACUCUUGGAACUUGAACAUCGAAUGUUGUUUGUAUUUGGUCUAGUCGUGUGAUGCCUGUACGUGUCUUAUCCGUGUACAGAGGUCAGCAAGAGGACAACUUUAAGAGUAAGCUAUAGGCCACUUGUAGGAAAGGACAACUCUUUGGUCUGGCUUUUAUCAGUCAGUGCUACAAGAAGUGUGGUUGUCUCCAUUUCCCUCCUGUAUGAGGGGUGUUCAAAAAGUUUCCAGCUGGAGGCACUACCAGUUGGAAUGUAUAUUUCUUGAAUUUCUCAUGGGGAAAACUGACAUGACCAGCAAAAUUUUUUUCUUGUUUGCAAAUGGAGAGAUUCUAUUUAUUAAAAAAAAAAUCAGGUACCAACCCUUUGGUAGCACAUAGACUAAAUUUUGCCAUUUGCCAUCAAAGACAUCUGUAUUCUCAUGAGAAAAUUAAAAAAGGUGUCUUACAACUGGAAGUGCCUCAGGCUGUUAAUUUUUUAACACCUCUUUUACAAGGUCUUGAAUAUGCCAAAUGGAGAUGCUUUCUUUGCUUCUCAUGAGUGAUGAGUUUAAAGUGGUUUCUUUAAUCUCUUCUGAGGGCAAAUGAGUCCUGAGAAAGCACAACUUAUGUGAUAUCUUGUUGAAUUCAUGUCAACAACGAUGCAUUGAUGUUAUGACUGAAUUGCAAUUAAAUCAGGCCACGGAAGAUCGUGCCAGAUGGAUGGAUGUUCGUACUUAUGCUAACGGUAAAGUCUGGAGCCAGCAGGAGUCUUAUUGAUCUGUACAGAUCUUGCCUUUGUUUCUUCCAUAGAUAUCAGAUAUAAAUGGAUUUCCAAGGCACCUUGACCCACAAAACAUGGCACUUGGGUGUACCUGAUGUUCCCCUUUGCAUUCCUGUUUUUAACACUAUCUGUCAGUGUUCGAUGAUGCUUUUAUUUCUGUUUUUAUUGCCGUCUGCCAUCUCUCCGCCCUCGACUUCGUCGGGAAGUCCGGGUCAUGUCUGGUGCUGCCUUUGCAUCCACCCGUCCUGUUCUUGUUGAAGUUUUCAUCUGUGAUGUCUUCACUUGUGGUAUGAAGUGUUGGGGAUCAACAUUGAAAUAUAUUUGAUAUACAC